UCACUCUCUUUAAGCCACAAUUACACGCUUUCCUCUUCUCAUUACUCUCUUUUUUACUCUAUAUUCUCUUGAUUUUAUUACAAAGAAUAGAAGCCAUGGAUAGGAAAUGUUUAUGUUUAAUAUCAAUUUUGUGCAUUGUAGUGGCCGGUGUCACGGGUCAGACACCAGCAGCAGCACCAGCCAAAGCACCCGUAGGUGCUAAGGCUAGUACUCCACCAGCUGCUGCCCCCACUAAGCCCAAAACUCCUGCUCCUGCUGCAGCACCAGCCUCGGCCCCACCAACAGCUGUUUCAGCUGCUCCAGUAACCGCACCAGCUGCUGCUCCCACUACACCUGUUGUUAAAGCACCAGUAUCAGCACCACCAGCUAAAACACCAACAAGUUCCCCACCUGCUAAAGCACCCGCUAGUUCUCCACCAGUGCAAUCUCCACCAGCACCAGCUCCAGUGGCAGCAACACCACCAGCUGUUGCUUCUGCUCCACCGGCUGCAGUUCCAGUUGCAGCACCUGUUGCUGCAGAGACAGUACCAGCACCAGCUCCUAGCAAGAGCAAGGGAAAGAAGAAGGGAAAGAAACACAAUGCAUCUUCACCAGCACCUUCUCCUGAUAUGAUGAGCCCACCUGCACCUCCUACUGAAGCUCCUGGACCUAAUGGACUUGACUCUGACUCUCCCAGCCCAUCUCUUAACGAUGAGAGUGGAGCAGAGAAAUUGAAGAUGCUCGGAAGUUUGGUAGCUGGAUGUGCUGUGAUGAGCUGGCUCUUGUUCUAGAGAAGCUGUCAUUUCAUUUUUUUAAACAUAUAUUGUCCAGUAUUUUAUCAUUUUGAUAUUCACAUGUAUAAUUUAUCUUUUGGUUAUUUCUGGUGCUUUAUGGGUCCCCAUUUAGAUCCGCUUAGAUUUGGCCACAUUGGCUCCUUUUUAUAUUCUUUCGUGGAGUGAAGGGUAGAGAUUUGUACUAGUCUUCACUACUUUACUCCUUUUGGACUAUAUUUUCUUCAUCUCCCCCACUUUCUUCUAUUAUAUAAAUUUCAUUUGUUUAUUUGUCGA